UGUGAAAUUAGUGACGCGAAGUAGAGAGGGCCAGUUGCGUCAGCAGCUGUUAUCACUCGCUGGUAGGCUGGUUUACAGUUUAUUUUUUUGUGAGAAUUGUUGGGCUGAUAACCAAUAAAGUAAACAGUUAUCAUUUGACGUCUUGUAGAAAAGUAUAAUCCCAUUCCAACAUUGAAAUAUGCCUCCCAAGAAAAAGGGCGAAGAAGUAAAAAAGCCCCUGUUGCUCGGGCGCUUGGGGACGUCUUUAAAAAUAGGAAUCGUGGGAUUGCCAAACGUCGGCAAGUCUACAUUUUUCAACGUUCUCACAAAAAGCCAGGCUUCUGCUGAAAACUUUCCUUUUUGUACGAUUGAUCCAAAUGAGAGCAGAGUUCCUGUACCUGAUGAAAGAUGGGAUUUCUUGUGUAAACAUCAUAAACCAGCUAGCAAGGUACCAGCAUUCCUUGCUGUUGUGGACAUCGCAGGAUUGGUGAAAGGAGCAAAUGAAGGUCAAGGUUUAGGAAAUGCGUUUUUAUCACAUAUCAGCGGCUGUGAUGCAAUUUUUCACAUGACAAGAGCAUUUGACGACGACGAUGUAACUCAUGUAGAAGGAGACGUCAAUCCUGUCAGAGACAUGGAGAUAAUUCACGAUGAAUUGAGAUUGAAAGAUAUCGAAUAUUUAUCAAAACGACUGACUGAACUUGAGAAAGUAUUUGUCAGAGGAGGCGAGAAAAAGUACAAAGUUGAAUAUGAUACGUUCGUUAGAAUCCAAACAAUGCUCAAUGAUGAAAAGAAACCGAUAAGGUUUGCAGAGUGGAAUGAGAAAGAAGUGGAAGUUUUGAACAAACAUCUUUUUUUGACAUCAAAACCUCACAUUUACCUGGUCAAUCUGAGUAAGAAAGAUUAUUUAAGGAAGAAAAACAAAUGGUUACUAAAAAUUAGUGAAUGGGUAAAAGAACAUGAUCCUGGAAGUUCAAUUAUUCCAUUUUCUGGAGCUCUUGAAAUGGAGCUUCUAGACAUGGGUGAAGAAAAAGCUGAAGAAUAUUUGAAAGAAUUAAAAGCAUCGAACGCUCUAAGCAAAAUCAUUGUCACUGGAUUUAAAGCAUUACAACUCGAAUAUUUUUUCACUGCUGGUCCUGAUGAGGUGAAAGCAUGGACAAUAAAAUUUGGGACAAAAGCACCCCAAGCUGCUGGUAGAAUUCACACUGAUAUGGAGAAAGGAUUCAUCAUGGCUGAAGUUAUGAAAUUUGCAGAUUUUAAAGAACUUGGAUCGGAAUCUGCUUGCAAGGCCGGUGGUAAAUACAGACAACAAGGCAAGCAAUAUGUGGUGGACGAUGGAGACAUAUUAUUCAUUAAAUUCAAUACGCCAAGUCAAAAUAAGAAAAAAUGAAAAGAUAUAUACGAGCACUAAAUCAAAUAAUAUUCAACUUAUUGCUGCUACUGAAAUUGUUUAUCUAGGAUUGGUGCGCUGUGCGGAAAUUAACUCGAUCAAGUUGCAAAUGUUCAAAUUGUCAAGGCUCUAACUUGAUGCUAUGGGAUAAGACCAGUAUAACAUCUAAUUCAUAAUUUUCUGCAAUGUUUCUGACCUAUUCUUUAAUAUAAUGUCGUGUCCUUUCGUUGGUAUUCAACUAAGCACUCUUUUAUAGGCUCCAUUUUCUUUAAAAUAAAAUGUAGAAUCUGAUAGGAUAGGGUUUUCACAUGUUCGUUUCCUGUGUUUUAUCCUGUUUUCAAUUCUAAUUUCAGAGUAUUGUGUGUUUAGCAACUGAAUAGGGUGAUACGAAUGCAUCUUACAGGUGCUCCCAACUGUUUCAUCUAUGGUUUACCAAUAAUAAAUAUGAAAUUUUAGCAUA